UAACCCCGAGUCAUCGUCUUGUGUUCAACAAACCACAGCAUGUUCUGGUUACCUUCUUCUUCAGUCACCAACCACCAAACCACACCAUCACACCCAUUCCUCUCGUUUCAUUCCUGAGUCUCCCUCCAAUGGCUUCUUCUGCACCCACCACCCAUUUCUCUCUUCCUCUCGGCUCCAAACAAGCAGCAACCACCUCUUCAUCAACCGCAACCCCCAAAUCCACCCACCUCUCUUUUGCACCUCCCCAUGCUUUAUCCUCCCACCCCAGAACCCAUUUUCGGUUGAACCCCAAGUGGGGUUCUGUUUCAACCGCGUGUCCUGCUGUGAGGAGGUCAAUGAUAUGCGCUAGUUCUUCCCAAGUUAUGGAUCCCUCUGCACCAAUAAUCGAACCUGGUGUUCCAGCCAUUGUCGAUGUCGAUUUGGGUAAUCGGAGCUACCCCAUUUACAUCGGAUCCGGGUUGCUUCAAAAACCCGAGUUGCUCCAGAGGCAUGUCCAUGGGAAGAGGGUCCUCGUUGUCACUAAUGAAACGGUUGCGCCACUGUAUCUGGACAAAGUUAUUGAUGCCUUGACUAAGGGAAACCCGAAUGUUUCUGUUGAGAGUGUGAUAUUGCCGGAUGGGGAGCAGUACAAGAACAUGGAUACUCUUAUGAAAGUCUUUGACAAGGCCAUUGAGUCACGGCUGGACCGGCGAUGUACAUUUGUUGCCCUCGGAGGUGGUGUGAUAGGUGAUAUGUGUGGCUUUGCUGCUGCUGCCUUCCUACGCGGUGUUAAUUUCAUUCAGAUUCCUACCACUGUUAUGGCACAGGUUGAUUCUUCAGUUGGUGGCAAAACUGGGAUAAACCAUCGCCUUGGAAAGAACCUGAUUGGUGCUUUUUACCAACCUCAGUGUGUGCUUAUAGAUACGGACACAUUAAGUACAUUACCAGAGAGGGAACUGGCAUCAGGGUUUGGAGAAGUUAUAAAGUAUGGACUCAUUAGGGAUGCUGAAUUUUUUGAGUGGCAAGAGAAAAAUAUGCAGGCAUUGAUGGCAAGAGAUCCUAAUGCACUGGCAUAUGCUAUAAAGCGAUCUUGUGAAAACAAGGCCGAGGUUGUGUCCUUGGAUGAGAAGGAAAGUGGACUGAGGGCAACAUUGAACUUGGGUCAUACAUUUGGUCAUGCAAUAGAAACAGGAGUUGGCUAUGGGCAGUGGCUUCAUGGAGAGGCUGUUGCAGCUGGCACGGUAAUGGCUGCUGACAUGUCAUAUCGCCUAGGUUGGAUUGAUGAUUCUAUUGUGAGACGAGUCAGAGACAUUUUAAUACAGGCCAAGUUACCUAUUGCGCCUCCGGAAACAAUGACUGUUGACAUUUUUAAAAAUGUCAUGGCGGUUGAUAAGAAGGUAGCAGAUGGGUUGCUAAGGCUUAUCCUUCUAAAGGGUCCUCUAGGCAAUUGUGUUUUCACAGGGGAUUAUGACAGAAAGGCCCUAGAUGAUACACUUAAUGCAUUCUGUAAAUCCUGAUCUUUGGCCACCAUGUUUCUAUUGCAGCUUUAUGCAAUUCUUUUUAAUUUGUAGUGAGUUGAGUGCUUGUAUGUUGUGAUAAUCUCACUUGUAUUUUUCCUCUGUACUUUAAAUUCCAUCCAUACCCCCAUUUUAUAGGCAAGACCGCAAGAGUACAAAGUUGUAGAAACUGAGGCAUGAUCAAUAAUAAUGAUUGGGGCAGAUCAUAUUCUUCCUGUCUCUUUUGUUUCUCACCA